CUCCUAUACUACUACAUUACGUAUAUUUUUUUUAUUCCGCCGACGGGACAGAAAGGAGCGAGGAAAAUUUCGCGAGUGACUCAUCAUCGACUUCGACGUACAUAAUACACGUGUAUAUAUAUAUAUAUAUAUAUACACACACGCACACGCACGUACACACACACACACACACGUAUAUUCUCAGCUUGCUCCCACUUCAACGGCCCUCCAUCCCUCGCGACAUUCCCCCUGUUCAUUCCUCCCUCUCUUGCCCAAUUCGAGCAAUAUGUUCCGCCAGAACGCGACAAAGAGAGCACUCGGUCGAUUCCGACACGCUUUGCGCUCCCAUUUUCCGCAAGGACGGCGGUUUUUAGCAUUCGAAUUUCGUGGCCUUCCUCGCGACGAUUCGAAGAAGCGUGUCCGUCGAGUCAAUCCCGUUUUCUCUCGGCGCAGGUCGCGUCAUCGAUUUUCGCGUCCGUGCUUCGGGGUCAAGGUUUCGCCUUACGGCGCUUAAAAUGGCGACGCAAUUUAUUUUCGAGCCAAUUCCCGGCGGAUUAUUUUCGAAACCGGGUCGCAUCGCGGUUCCGGUGAAAGGCGUGCGACAAUCGCGCUUUUCUCUCUUUGUAGACCGAAAUCGGAUUUUAUUAGCUCGGCUCGGAUCUCACGAUCACGAGCCUGUGGAAAUUUCUGUCUGGGAAACAGGAAGAAUGCGUGACGGAACAUAGAUCGAUCGUCAUUCAAGUCUCGGCUGUAUAGAUAGCUACUUUGAAGCUCUUCUUCCUUGCCCUCUGCCUCCCCUCCCAACAUCCUGUUUUCACGAAGCACAAUGCACACAAAUAGGAUGGAAAACAAACGUUCUCUUGAAUUUUUCGUUUUAAGAUGUAUCAUACUUUUUUCUCUUUAAUGUCUUGCUUUAAUCUUUCAGUUAAUUUAAAAUAAAUUACUCUUCAACACAAAUAUCAGCAUUCUUGGAUAAAAAAAAAUGAUAAAAAGUAAAUUUUAUCGACUUGUCGAGACUGUAUAAAAAAAUUAAUUACAAAUUAAUGUUUCAUGAAUUGAACUUGAAAGAUUAACAAAUUAAUAAUAGAUAAUUAAAAUAUAAAGGCAUGCGAAGGUAGUAUACGGUAGAUUCAAGUCACCCGGUAUACACACACUCCUACGCCACGCAAGACAGACGGACAGACGCUCGUGAGAUCUUUAGUCUCCUUCCUCUUGACACGCGCGGCACGCAAAUACGUGUACACGCACGCAAUACAUCCAUCGGACGGACUGACAGGAAAAGAAAGAGAAACGCUUCAAUGAACGAGAAUCGACACGCGAAGAAUUUCUGGACCAAUGAUAACGAUUUGGAAGAUGGUGAGAUUCCAUCAGAUGAAGACGACGAGCCAGUUACCCGGGCAGCGAAUGAUGUACCGGAGACCGUCGUCAAGUCGACAUCGAAACCAGAACCCGUGAAGACUAAAACCUUCGAUGCAAAGUUGAACAAAAAUAAAAGGCAGCAGUCUAUGCAGGUAGCUAAUAAGCAAGAGCGAUUCUUAAAGUAUAAGGGUCCAACUGAAGAUUGGGCUGGAGAUGUCGAGAAAGCCAUUAAGGCUGCGAUGGAAGAGGACGGGAGGAAUCAGGAGCCGAAACCAAAGAACAAGAAUAAUAGGAACAAAAUGAGAAAAAGGGUUCGCGAUGAAAAAGAUGAGGAUCGUGGCAAAGAUCAAAAAAAGCGGAAAUUGAGUGACGAUGAAAACGCCAAUGAGGAUGAGGAUGAAAUGCUCUUUGUACGAGGAGCUUCACCCAUCAGGAAGGAUGCUGAAAAUAAUUCUCCCAGGCAUACAAGCGAGCAUGAAACGUUUGAAAACAAUUCGGAGUACGAAGAGAAGCCUACUAUAACUCGACACAGAGAAAACGAUAACAAACGUACAGGGCGCGGAGGAGGAGGAGCAGGGGGCGGCGGAGGUGGAGGAGGCGGUAGCGGUCGUCGUGGUGGCAAAAACGAACGCGGUAAGAACAAGAAUCGCCAAAUGCGAAAUGACCGAAACGGCCGUCGACAGCAGAACAACGAUCACGGGCAAGAAGUAGACACGAUUUGCGUAUACUAUAUGCAAGGGAAGUGUCACAGGGGCGACGAUUGCCCGUUUUCGCAUAAUGCUUUGCCACCUAGAAAGAUGGAACUGUGCAAGUUUUAUCUCAUGGAUUGCUGCGCGAAGAGAGACAAGUGUCUCUACAUGCAUCAUGAUUUUCCGUGCAAAUUCUUCCACACGGGUCUUAAGUGCACUCAGGGCGACAAUUGUAAAUUUUCGCACGAACCACUCAACGAGCAGAUAAAGAGUAUCCUCCUGAAGCACUUGGAAACCGCACCAAAGGAAAUCCUUGGCGAUUUUCCAAGAUUGAGUAGAGAAGGUGCAAUAUUAAUGAUAAAUAAUACUGCACGUUCUAUAGCUCAAGGUCAGGAUACAGGAAAUCCAAAGAUUCCCAGUCUGUUUGAUUUGAAUUUGUCAGCACCUACAGAAAAGAAUGACGAAAAAGAGGAAAGAGAGGAACAAGUAAAUCAUCAGAAGUCCAACGUGAGAGAGAGGAAACCUUCUGGAAAAAAGACACGAUGGGGGUCCGACGAGGACAGAGUUCCUUACGAGCAAAUAAUGCUACUGCAAUCGGCAAAUAUAAACGAAUUAGGUUUUCAACUUCCAAACGCUGCGUUAGGUCUAGCCACGCAGCAACAAGUACAAAAGCAAGUUGUAGCACCGCCUGUAGAUUUCUAUAGCGAAAGAAGUGUGGAGUCAAAUAAAAGUGUACAUAAGACAAAGGAAGAUUAUACAAUUGACGACGACGUGUUAAACAAAAAGAGAAAAGACGUAGACUUGCGGCAAUUGCUGAACGCGAAAAAACCACCGCCCGUUUAUAGUAUAGCGGACAAGGUGGCAAGUCUGACGAAAAAUAAAGUCGACGACGAGAGCGACCAGGAUGAAGAAUCGGAACUCGUUAUCGAAAUGCCGACUGAGGACGAGGACAAGGAGAAAGGAAAGUUUUCUAAUGAGCAAGGUGAUCAAGUCCAUAAUGUCUCUUUCUCGUCUAUGGAUGAGCAUGAGGCGGCGCCACCUCACUUGCCAAAGAAAGCUCAGGAAUUAUUUAUGCGGAUACAACAACAGCAACGUGCGGCUCAGGAUAGCUUUAAGAACAUAGACAGCGAUUCUAUCGCACGUCAGAACGAUCAGAUCGUCGAGGAUUGGUAUUCGGAUGAUGAGGAUGACGACGACGACGACGAAGGUGGCAAUCUCACCAUAGUAGAUAACUCGAAGGAGGAGAUCGAAUCCAUAGAAAAGACUCCGAGCGUCGUCAUCAAGGAGGAGUUCCCGUCUACGUCAUUGGCGUCCAACGUGCCACAGCCAGCUGCCAUCGUAGAUAAAGUCGGCGACUUGAGCAAGAUCGACAUCAGCGCCGAGGUGUCGAAAUUGCUGUCUACCCUGAAAGCACAGAGCUCGACAAGCAGUAAAACGCAGCAAGCGUCGAGCUCGCAUCAAGAUCCAUCGAAGGCUAAGUCGAUGCAGGACUGCAAGGUAGAGGGCGAGACAUCGAGUCCAAGAUCAUCGCCGAACCCGAGUCUGGCCGCAACGUCCGUGUCUAGAGAUCCGCGGAUGUCCAACAGAGAUCCCCGACAACGGCGGGAUGAGCAGAAGCCGAGCAGUCCGAGCGUGUCCGACGCCAGGAGGGAAUCGCAAAAACCUCUCAGACUGGAAACGAGCAUUUACAGUUCUGGUAUCACCGCGAUGGACGCGAACAUGGACACCGAUCUCCGGACGAGGGCGGACCAGGACCUCAGACGGCAGGACAUGGACUUCCGGCAGCGCUUUCAGACGGGCGACUUUGGCGACACCGAUCUCCGCGUGAAAUCCGACGUGGACCUGCGUCAGAUAUUAAGUCUGCCGUUCAAACCGGCGCCCGCGCACGUGCCAUGCACCGAGAUCGACGCGAGCAUAGCGUCGCAUCCGCCGAUGCCGUACAAGGUAUACGUGGUCGACAUACCCAGGCCGGACUACACCGGUCUCAAGCUGACGAAGAACGACGCUCAAGUGAAGUACGAUCCACGUCUUCGUAAAAUCUUCCGCAUCCCCAGACCCGAGCAGCUGGCCGACUCGCCGAUGUCGCCGCCGCCGCAGAACAAGCCGGACACACCGAAAUCACCGCCGCAGUGCGUGCGCUCGGAUCCGCGACGGAAAACGCUCGAGGCGGCCGCUUCCAAUCAGUCGUUAUCUUCGCAGAACACGAUGAAUCCUUCCAUGAUACCCAAGGGUAUGCAGCCACCGCCAAUGGAGACGAUGGGGCCUAACAUGGGCCUCGGUCCUGCUGGUAUGCCGAUGGGGCCACCUGGCAUGCCGGGUAAUGGGCCACCGGGUGGCAUGCCAGGACCACCGCCGAACAUAAUGGGCCCGAUGGGUCCUCCGAAUCAUCCGAUGGGCAUGAACAACAUGGGUCCGAUGGGACCCAUGAUGAACGCCGGACCUAUGCCACCGCAAAAUAUGCCGCCUAUGGGUAUGCCGCCUGCUGCUGCAAUGGGUAUGAACGGACCCGUAAUGCCGCCGCAGGGCCAGAUGAAUUUCGAUCCGCGUUUCAAUGUACAGCGUAACAACGGGGCUGGAUUGCUAGGUCCCGCGCCGGGUCCUUUCGGCCCGGACGUGAAUAAUUCUUACGAGGGCGGCCCACCUUAUCCCGGCGGUGGCAAUUUUAAUAACUUCGGACCUGGCGGACCUGGCGGACCUGAUCCCGGUAUGGGCUUCAAUCCGAACGGAUCGAACGGGCCGAAUUACGGGCCGAUGAGCGGCGACGGUCCGGAAUGGGGCACCGGCGGCAACAGACGCGGUGGUCGUAUUCGCAGGCGGAACCGCAACAGGACCAACAUGGUGACCAAUAAUUGAACGACUUUACAAACAGUAGGUACAUAGUCUAAGUACCUGAUGACAAUUCUCAUUAUUCGGGCGAUCGAAUGUGUAUCCGCAUGCGCAUAAUACAAAACACUAAAGUUUUUACUAUAUCAAUAAUGACGAUCUUAUUAUAACGUGAUUCUUUAAUGCAAAGAACUGCUACGUGUAUAAUCUGUUCCUUAUGAAUCUUAUGGAUCAUUGGCUUCCGUUUGAAGGAUAUUAAAACCCUAGAACUUGGUCGGAGAAAGAUGUUUUGUUAUUACGCACAUCAUGCACGAUGUAGAAGAUUAUUGACAUCGACGAUCGGCAUGGGGGAAAUUAAGAUGAGAUUAAAAAAGCUGAAUGACGGAGAAUUGAUAUACGGCUCAACAUACGUAAUUCCUCAAUUGUUGUGUAACAAACGCGGCGGGGAAGCUACGAGCAUGUAAUAUUCGCAUAUAAUAAUAUUGUAACAUUUAGAAUGUACCGUACUGAACACAUCCAUUAAUCUAGUUGUAAAUUAUUGCAUAAUAAUUCUCGACAUUAGUUGAAUAUAAUCCAUAAGCGUAUUUAUACAUAGAUGUUGAUUAUGUGUAGUCGCUCGUUUAUAUAUAAUAAAAAAAGACAUACUUUAGCACGUAAUUCGCGUUGAAAUAAUUGAGCAAGAGAGCAAGCAGAGAUGACGAUGCAUAUACGAUUGAGUUGAUGAUCUUAUUGUCUUCCAUAUAUGUGACACGCGAGUGCCCUGCGACUUGCAAGACACGCGUUUCUCUUUCCACGGCUUGCGCGUAAUUCGGUCUAUUUCAAUUUGCUCAUAUAUUAUUCAAAUUCGAUACGUACGAAAUCUUCGUCUUAUAUUGCGGGAAUAGGAGAGGCGAGACGACACGCUACGAACAUUAAUGCAAUAUUUUAUAAAGGCAAGUAAAAGAAUAUUAAUAAUAAUUGCGAGGCGAUGAGCACAGCAGGAAUAUACUUUCUACGCGAGAAGGGGGUGCGAGAGAAAAAAAGAGAGAAAAAGCAGACAUGUGACUAAAUCUUAACUAUCUUCUCAGAGAUCAUGUCGAGAUCGCAGAGACCGUGAUACUUGGAGCAAUACGAGCGCUCUGCACUCUCGCACACCCUCGCUGCAAGUUAUUACUUAAUCACACUUAGUCGCAUAAGUUUCCGCGAGUUCAAAUAAUAUUAUUAUAAUGUUCUGCUGUAGAGCAGAGAUUUUUAGGUGUACGUAUUUCCUCCUUUAGUAUAAUUCUAGAGAUAGGUAUGGUACAUCUAAUUGCUAAAUUAUUUAGGUGCAUAUACACACACACAUUAUUCGAUGUUAAUCUGUACUAGGAUUAUAUUUACGUUUAUUAUUAAUAUUAUUGCUACAUUAUGAUGUAGAAUGAAAGUACAUUUGUGACAGUUGACUAUUGUAUAGUAAGACUUUUGUACAGACGAGAACGAUUACUGAUGCGAAUGCGAGUUUUCGGUGCUUUUUCUUUCAAAUAAUGUAAAUAUUAUUGUGUAUGAAUUCUCUUCGCGCUUUUCAAAAUACUAUAUGAUAGAUGUAUCUAGACAUAAGAAAUGGAAGAUUUUUAUACAAUAUAUAUCUUACGCAAA